AUGUUGUCAACACCUUUCGACGGACGGUGCGAUUUGUGGAAUGCAGCAAGGGAACCGCGGCAUGAAGUCACUAAGGAUGCCAUUCAGGUUCACUAUGGGCGGGCGAGAGACCUCUGCCGCAGAAGUGGCUUGACGGUCUACGACAUCCUCCACCUCUCGCCCAACUUCUGGCGAUUUCACUUCGAUAUGAUCGCCGCUCGAGAUAUGACUGCAUUCGUGAUCGCGACGAUUCACUUGAACCUCUGUAUCGGAACAAUCGGCCGUUUCGCAGAUGAGCGACCGGAUUUAGCACCCCUCCUCGAAGAUUUGCGACAGUUCAAAGUUUGCGGCGAAUUCAUGUUGACGGAAAUCGAUCACGGCCUUGAUGCGAAAAACCUCGACACGACGGCGACGAUGCUCGACGAUGGGUCUUUCGUGCUGCACACGCCAGCUUUCGGGGCCGCCAAAGCGAUGCCACCAACCGCCCCUCUGGCCGGGAUUCCUCGUAUAGCAGUGGUUUUUGCGCGCCUUCUGGUCGAGGGUGAGAGCCGGGGCGUCAAGCCCUUCAUCGUUCCUAUCAAUGACUCGACCCGAAUGCGCCCCGGGAUCGUGUCGCGGGCCCUGCCGGUCCGGCCCGGCACGAAACCGUUGGACCAUUCCAUCACGACAUUCAACAACGUCGAGCUUCCUGCCGAAGCGCUGCUUGGUUCGUCCGCGAAAGCCGAAGACGAGCGGGCAGAGUUCCUGGACCAGAUCUGGCGUGUUUCCGUGGGGACGUUGUCAUUGUCCAUUAUGGGCGUGUCCGCCUUGAAGGUGGCCGGGUGCAUCGCGGCCAUGUACAGCCAGCGUCGGCAGGUCGGGGUCGGGAAUCACGGGCAAGUGGUGUCUAUCAUGAGCUUCAGCACGCAGCAGCGCCCCAUACUCAAGGCGCUGGCCUUCGGGGAGGUCCUGCAUGCUUAUGGCGAAUGGACCGUCCAGCAAUUCAUGAACCCCGACGCCACCGCCGACGUCCGCAGAGGUCUUGCGACCGCAUUCAAAGCACUGGUUGUGCGUUCAUCUCGAUUGCUCGUCGAGCUUGCCGAACGAUGCGGGUGGCAGGGGUUAUAUGCCCACAACCAGAUUAGCGAGCUGGCGUCUACGUUCCAGGGGAAUUCAGUCGCAGAGGGUGACACGCUGGUCAUCAGCAUCCGCCUGGCGUCGGAGCUUCUAGCACAGAAAUACUGCCUGCCUCAGCCGGGCGAUCGAAGUAGCCCUCUGGCCAUGUACGAGAGGGGAGUAUUCGACGAGAUGGCGGCGAGAAUGGCCGCACUACCUAGCGGUCACCGCAGCAGCGAGUUCAAUGCGGCGGUCCUUCCUUGCUGCCGAGCUAUGGUGGAGGCUAUCGGACAACGCAUGGCCUACGAGGCAGCACUGCAUUCUGGUAAUGUGAUUCCGGAAGUGCUCGAUCUCUUCGAGAAAUGUUGUAUCCAAGAAGACGCUAGCUGGCACAUCGAGCAUGGCAAUUACAGUCGGACACGGAUCUGGACGGCAGAGGAGAGGGCGUUUACUAAUUUGAUGCCUCUGUUGCCGGACCUGGUAAAAAGGACCAAUGCGCAAGACUACAUCACAGCUCCCAUCGUCAAUGGCGAGGCCUUGGAGAAUUUUCUUACGCGGUUGCCUAUCUAUGGCAAUGAGUGGGAGGACACAGGAAAGCCGCCUCGGAAGGCGAAGCUUUAG